CCCGCGCCUUCCACAACCAGAGCGCGAAGGUGCGAGAAGACUCCAUGCUUUUCUCCGAUGACAUUUUCACCAUUGAGCCAGUGGAGGGAGACGUCUGGCCAAACUCUUCGGUUGAAAUUAAUGUCAUCUUUAAACCCAAAGAAGCCAGAGUCUAUCAACAAACGGUCUACUGCGACAUCUCAGGUCGCGAAACCAGGCUGCCCCUGCGCCUCAAAGGGGAAGGCAUCGGACCCCGGCUCUGCUUCAGCUUCGCCGAGCUGGAUAUCGGGAAAGUUUUUGUUGGAUCCACGCACAGCUACGAGGCGGUGCUGCAUAACAAAGGAGUCAUCGAUGCUUCCUUCAGUUUGGUCCCUCCAGCUACACCUCUGGGCUUGUGCUUCACCUUUCUCCCCCAGGAGGGCAUCAUUUUGCCAGGCGGGCUCCAGGUCAUCCGGAUCUCCUUCACUUCCACCGUCCUGGGGCAGUUCAUGGAAGAAUUUAAGUUCAAUGUGGAGGGAUCGCCUGAGCCUGUGACCUUGACGAUCAGGGGCUGUGUCAUCGGACCAACUUUUCAUUUCGACGUGCCUUCCCUCGACUUCGGUGACGUCUCCUUCGGCUUUCCUCGCACGCUGUCGUGUCGCCUCACCAACACCUCCUUGGUGCCCAUGUCCUUCAGGCUUCGCAUUCCCGGGGACGGCUCGGGGCAGCCCAGCAUUACCGUCUUCACUCGGCUCGUGAGCAGCCCUCGCCCAUCCUGGAGAAAGAGAACCCGAGGUUGGGCCGAGCCGACCGAAUUUACCAUCAGGCCUUGCAGCGGAACCAUCCGCUCCCACGGCGUCCUGGAUAUCCAGGUCACCCUGUGUUCCAACACGGUGAGGAGUUACGAGCUGGCACUCGUGGUGGACGUGGAUGGUGUCGGCAAGGAGGUGUUGGCGCUGCCCCUCACGGCCAGGUGCCUCGUUCCUCCGCUGCGAGCGCUCAACCCCGUCGUGACGUUCGGACGGUGCUUCCUGAAAUUGCCUUCUCUGCAGACGCUGACCCUGGUGAACAACAGCGAUCUUCCCGGCUGCUACAGCCUGCUCCCUCAGAAACACAAGAAGGGUGCUGCUGUGCGGUUCUCCAGCCCCGCGGCGGGCGGCAUUGUCCAGCCCCGGAGCUCGGUGGAGUUGCCGUUGUCACUGGAAGCCCAGGUGACGGGACAGCAGGACACGGUUGCUUGUGUCGAAGUGUUUGGGAGUGAAGGAUCCCCGCUGAAAAUCCAUUUAGUGAGCAUCGGAGAAGGACCAGUUGUCUAUGUGCAUCCGAGCAAGAUAAAUUUCGGCAAUAUCCAAGUUCUGCAGGAUGCUUCCCAAACUCUCCGCCUCUCCAAUCAGACUCUCAUCCCUGCGUCCUUCUCAGCGGAGAUGGCUGGCAAAAACUCGUGCUGGAGGAUUGAACCCAGCGAAGGAGUGAUCCCCCCCGAGAGCGAGGUGUCCAUUGCCAUCAUAGCACACUUGGAUGACACCAACAAAUUCAAGGAUGAGGUGAACCUCUUCAUACGGGACAGCCGUAGCUACGUCAUCCCCGUCCAGGCCACCGGCGUCGGCACCACGAUUGUCACCGACAAACCUUUCGCUCCGGAGCUCAACUUGGGACACCACUUCAGCCUGGCCCCCUGCCGUUACCAGUUCAAGGUAACAAACAAAGGGCGACGCACCCAUCGGCUCUAUUGGACCACGGAAGGUUUCUCCCACUUGCGCCAGCACAAACGUCUCCCUCCCGUCGCUAACGCCAAGGGCAGAGAUUCCUCCCAGGGCUCCAAACCCGCCUGUCCCGUCUUUAAGCUUCAACCGCCAUGGGUAGACCUGAUGCCGGGCAAGACAGCAGAGAUGAUGCUGGAGGGUUUCUCCAGCACUCCCCAG